GGUGGAAAUAUCACCAACAUAGAGAUAUUUGUCCCAUUAAACCUUCCCAAACAAUGCUAAUUGUAUCUCAGAUUCAAUUCUCUUUAAAUCUUUCUUUUAAAUUCUGCUCCCAUUAUAAGCUCUAAUGAAAUCUUCCAUUUUCUGCUCCAUUAGUGUUAUUCCAGUAUGGCCUUAGUGUGUAAGUGUGGAAUGAACAGACACAUACAAUGCAAAGUAAAGAAUAUGUUGCAGUUGGUUUCCAGAAGUCUUCCAGGUUCCUGAUGCCAGUUGCCUUCUGCUGUCAUUCUAGCCAGAAGCUAUUCAGAAAAAGCUGUCUCUAAAAUCCUCCUCUUCUGACUAGCUCUAAUACCUUUAGUGAUCUUUAUUGCUGUUGUCUGGCUUACCAUCAGCCCAGUACCUAGAUGAAAGUAUAUCAGUUUUAGUAAGAGUCUUCUAAUUAAUGGCUUACGUGCCAGCUCACAGAUUUAUCGUUGCAAACCAAUAGAAGAAGUAUAAAUGAUCAAACUUGACCUUUUUAACCUUCCAGUCUAAUAUGUAAUUCUCUUGUUUAAAAUAAAAUUUGGCAGGCCUAACUGAGCUGCUGAGGCCUAUUAUAGCUUCUCAGUAAUAAUUUGCAGUUACAGGCUGCCCAUAGGAAAUGAUGACUACCAUCGAGUAGUCAACUUUGCACCCAAGAAGCCACCACUUCCAGAAAGACCUGGGGAAGGAGGCUACAGUAGAUAUGAAUAUAGUCAUGCUCAUGUUGGCUAUAGAGACUAUGGUGAAGGUCGAGGUUUUGCCCACGAAAGAAGAAGUGGACUGCCACAUAGAAUGGAUGAUCCAGGAUAUAGAUGGUCAAGGGAAGACUAUCCUGAUAGUCGGCCGCCUGAUUAUAGGGAGAUCAGAGGCAUUCGGCGGAAACCUAUAUAUCCUCAUUAUGCAAGAGAUCGCUCCCCACAUAAAAGGGAUUCCCCUUACUUCAGAGAAUCACCGGUUGGCAGGAGAGAAUCUCCUCACAGCAGAUCUGGCUCCAGUGUCAGCAGUCGAAGUUAUUCGCCUGAUAGAAGCAAAGCCUAUGCCUUCCAUAGCAGAAGUAUGUCAUCUUUACAUAAAAGAAAUAUUUCCCAACAAGAGAGGUCCUCAACUCAGACUUCAAAGACUUCAAGAGAUGCAUCUCCUUCAGGAGCUACAGCAGUGCCAGCUGCAAAGACCUUAGACAAAAGUAGCAGGUUAUCAGAAAAGGAGCUUGCAGAGGCUGCAAGCCGAUGGGCAGCUGAAAAAGCAGAAACAGCAGAGGCAAGCAGUGUACCUGAAAUUUCAGAGUAUGAUGCCGCAUCUUCAGACCCAUUAUAUUUGGAACACCGUGAAGAAACAGGUGCCAGUGUAACAGACAACAGUGAAUUAUUUGAAGAUAACCAUCAUGUUAGUCGCUCAAAAGCAAUUGCUGCAAAGACGAAGGAAAUCGAACAAGUCUACCGGCAGGAUUGUGAAACUUUUGGUGCUGUGGUGAAGAUGCUGAUUGAAAAAGACCCUGCAUUAGAAAAGCCCAUCCAAUUUUCUUUGAGACAAAAUUUGCACGAGAUUGGUGAGAGAUGUAUUGAGGAACUUAAACACUUCAUUGAAGAAUAUGAUUCUGCGAAUCAAGAAUUUGAAGAACCUUAAGAUAAAUUAUGGGUUAUUCAUAUAUAAAUGCUACCUGGUUCAUGGUUGCUAGCGAUUUUCUUCUAAAUUGAUUCAUCUUGCAUUUGAUCUCUUUAUAAAACUGAAUUAAUUGCAAAACAUGGAUUACUGUGGAAAGCAAAAUGCUUGAAGCAUUCUUAUAAUCAUUUUUGAAUCUCAGUGCAGAUUUCUACAUUUCACUGAGUUCAGAUUAGAAAAUAUUUAUUUGAAUUGAAUAUAGUUCAGUUCGUGUCAUAUAUAUUUCAAAAAUGCUUAACAAUAUGAGGUGCUACAAUUAUUGAAACAGGUGGCUAUUUGAGUAUGACUGACCAUUUUGUAAUUUUAUUGAUAUUGAUAAAUGUAUAUAAAAUAGAACGUACAACUGUAUUUAUGUAAAUUUUACAUAUGUGUUGCCUUUAAUUAGAGUAGCUAUAUAAAUUUCAUUGGAAACAAUUGUUUGGACAGUUCCAUUAAGCUAGUUGUUUAGCUUAGUGGUUUUGUAAGUUGAAAUAGCCUGUGUAAUUAAAAUCCUUCAGAGUUAGUAUCAGAAUUUGCAUUUUCUUGAAAGCUUUGUACAGUUGUAUAAACAAUAUAUGUCUUUAAUAGUAA